UAAGGUUGGCCAAACCAGAGGAAUACUGAGAAACACAAAGAGAAACUCCGACAAACGCACACACACGCAGACGGACAGACAACACUUGAAGCAAUCUGAGAGAAAAAAACCUUCUUUGGCCGAGUUCACAAUUUGAGAUACAAAACCUUUGUUAAACAACAACAAAUCGGUUGGUUCAUUAAAACAACUUAACAAAUCAGCAGGCGGACAAACACUCUCUCUGUGUCUAUCUCUUCAUCAUGGAAACCUAUUUGACCGAGAUCAAACAAUUGCGCAUACCACGCCCGAAAUUCGAGCCGAAUAGCUGCCACCAGCAGCACCAGCAUGCAACGGCAGCGGGUGCCGGAACAGUGACGCCAACAUCCCCCCAUCAUCAUCACCACGCCCAACAUCAGUGGCGACACUUUAUGCGCCCCUUUACGCCGCCACGUGAUUAUCACUUGCCCGUUGUUGGUGCAGCCGCGGCCUGGUCGACAAUGGACGACAGUGCCACGCACGAAAAAAUGUAACGGGUGUCGAGGUGGGGGGUGCGGAUGAGGGG